AUGGAUGUGCCCGAGGGCCCGGGAUCCGUUCAAGAGAAGAAUGCGGCCCUCGAUCUGGUGAAAAGAGAGGCCGCCCGGGUGAAGGUGAAGGUGGAAGAGAGCUGGUUCAUUGUAGAGAGGGCCUUCCUAGCGAGGCACAGCAACUACUUCCGAGCCCUCUUUCAGUCUGGCAUGCUAGAAAGUAGGCAGGAGGAGCUCCAUCUUAAAGGAGGCGUGCAUGCAAGAGGUUUUCUCGUCGCACUUGCCGUCUGUAAGGGAGAGACUCCGACCCUCUGCGACCCGGAUGAGCUGGUAGACGCCGUGGAGUGCGCUGCUUUCCUCCAGGUGCCGCGUUUGACACGGCAUCUUUGUGAUAUCAUCGAUUCGGACAACUGCCUCUUGCUUUACCAUGCCGCCUACAUCUUUGGGGUGGAGAAACUCUUUCACAACGCCGGCCUUUUCCUUUGCGAUACCUUCGAAGACCUGAGGGAAAUGGCGGAGGCAACACUCCCUGAGGAUCUGUUGCAGUAUUCCCAGUCGUUAUCCCCUGCGUCUUACAUCGCAAUCGGUACCCAUUCUCCUUCAUUGGAGCUGCUCCACGAUUCCUACCGGGUUGUGUGCUACCUCGAUGAGGGAGAAGGACAAUGGAAGAAUCUCACACAACUCCCGACUCUCUGCAGUACUUCCAUGUGUGGCGUGGCAGUACUGGACAACCGCCUGUACAUCGUAGGGGGAGUUUAUGGUUAUGGAAAAGACACUGUAGACGGUGGCUUCUGCUUUGACCCUGAAUCAGGGAAUUGGACUGCGCUUACAGGACCCCAGAGACCCAGAUACGACUUCACCUUGCUGGGGAACGAGGGCCGACUCUACGCCAUCGGAGGCGAGUUCCAGAAAAGGUACAUCUCUACAUCAGAGUGUUAUGACCCUGUGAAGGGAGAGUGGACUUUUAUACAGCAAGCACCGAGACCGGUAGCGUCGGCUGCUUGUGCCGUUGCGAGGCGUCGGAUGUUUGUUUGCUUCUGGAAGCCCCCCGAUACCACGGACAUCUACGAGUACGUAGUGCCUGAUGACAAAUGGAAACUUGCCACCACCAUGAUCAGACCUCAGAGUUACGGCCACUGCAUGGUAGCCCACAGGGACAAUUUGUACGUCAUGCGCAAUGGGCCCUGCGAUGACUUUCUACGCUGUCUCAUGGACUGCUACAAUAUAACCACAGCCCAGUGGACAGCAAUGCCAGGACACUACAUCAACAGCAAGGGGGCGCUGUUCACCGCCAUGAUAAGGGGCGACUCUGCACUAACAGUGAAACACAUGUUAACGCUCGAGUACGCCAUCAGCACGGGUGAAUGGAAGCCUCGAAGGCAGAUGAAGGGUUUUCCAAAGAGUGGAUCACUGUGGACAUGUUUACUCAGGCUUCCCAAGACGGGACCGGUAAUACCCCAGGUGGAUCCACAGGGGAAGGAAAAGGAAAUGCCUUUGACAGGCAGAACGGAGCGAUCGGUAGAUGAUAUGCUCAAGGUCUAACAUUUUUGGAGGAACUGGAUUGUGAGUUUUUGAAUCAUUGGCAAACGCUAUCUGUUUCAUCUGUCAGUGUUGCCAACUUAGCGAUUUAGCAACUUUUCCGACUUCUCUAGCGAACAUCUUUUUUAAAAAGCAACUAGCGAGUUCAAUAGAGACACAAACAACUUGAGGGGAAUCAUUUCAUUGUUUUCUUUUGAGAAAAGAGCCCGGUAGAAGAGCUUUUAAUUGGCUCAAACUUAAAGUAGGGAGGUGUAAAUCU